GAUCAGACUACUGUCCUCUGUCCUCUGUCAACUGUAUCUCCCUUCGACCCAAGCCAGCCUGCCACAUCCACCAGGAAGAAUGGAGGAUAGCACCAGCAGAGGACUUCUGCAUAUAGACCCAAAUAUCUCAGCUUCUGGGACAGAAGUCACCCCUGCAAAUGCAAUGGAUGGGACUGUUCCUGGGAGUUUUAACAACAGGAUACUGAUCCCAAACUUGAUGAUCAUCAUCUCUGGGCUGUUUGGACUAGCAGGAAACACCACUGUGUUCUGGCUCUUGGGCUUCUGCUUGCACAGGACUGCCUUCUCUGUCUACAUCCUCAACCUGGCAGGAGCUGACAUCUUCUUCCUCUGCUGUCACAUUAUAGAUUCAACGCUGGUCCUCGUCAAGUUUUCCUAUCCCAAUAUUAUCUUCCUCCCCUGCUUUAACACUGUCAUGAUGGUUCCCUACAUCGCAGGCCUAAGCAUGCUCAGCGCCAUCAGCACCGAGCGCUGCCUGUCGGUCCUGUGCCCCAUCUGGUACCGCUGCCACCGCCCAAAACACACAUCAGCUGUCAUGUGUGCUGUGCUCUGGACCAUGUCCCUGCUGUUCAGUAUUCUGAACAGAUAUUACUGUGGCUUCUUGGACACCAAAUACAAAGGUAACUCAUGUCUGGCAUCUAACUUUUCUACUGCAGCAUGCCUGAUGUUUUUAUUUGUGGUUCUCUUUGUGUCCAGCAUGGCCCUGCUGGCCAGGUUAUUCUAUGGCAAGGGACGGAUGAAGUUGACCAGACUGUACGUGACCAUCCUGCUCACAGUGCUGGUCUUUCUCCUCUGUGGCCUGCCCUUUGGCAUCCACUGGUUCCUGCUCAUCUGGCUUGAGAUUGACUAUGACGCACUGGCUUAUGGCAUUUACCUGGGGUCACUCGUCCUGUCCUCUGUCAACAGCUGUGCCAACCCCAUCAUUUACUUCUUCGUUGGCUCCUUCAGGCAGCAGCUGAAGACGCAGACACUCAAGCUGCUCCUCCAGAGGGCCCUGCAGGACACUGCUGAGGGUGAUGAGCCUGGAAGCAGCCUUCCUCAGACCCUGGAGAUGUCAGUCAGUAAAAUAGAUCAGUGA